AUGAAGGUUUCAACCAUCUUGAUUGCUCCCUUGUGCCUUACUUUGGCCCAAGCCAGUUUACUGGAUACUCUCUUCAGAAGAGACCAAGAUAACAAUGCCGGGCUCGCUUCUACAACCGGCGAGUUUAACGGAAACCAGCACUUUGCUUCUCAUCCUAGCCAACCAGAAACUCCUCCACAGUUUGCCGGGCUUAGAGGCCCCGGAAGGGGUCCUGUAAAACGUCCCCAGCGCCCAUCCGGCCCACUAGAAGCAACCCCUAGGCAGUUCGGCCGCAAAGCUCGCAGAUCGAAUACGCCAACCUCUGGCCCAUUUCCAAUUAUUUCCCGAGACUUUGAAGAUGUUCCUGCUGGUGCUCAUAUCCAGCCACCAAUCAAGCCAAAGCCCGCGCCGCCUGGUGCCCCUCAGAUUCAACCACCAAUUAGGGAAAAGCCUGCACCCCCGCCAAUUGGAGGGCAGGGUUUUGAAGGAAUUCCAGAAGGAGCACAUAUUCAGCCCCCAAUCAGACCGAAGCCUGCGCCACCUGGUGCCCCUCAAAUCCAACCGCCAAUCAGAGAAAAGCCUGCUCCACCUGCUAUUGUAGCCCGUGACUUCGAAGACGUCCCAGCCGGAGCCCAUAUCCAGCCCCCAAUCAGGCCAAAGCCCGCACCACCUGGUGCCCCACAGAUUCAACCACCAAUCAGAGAAAAGCCUGCACCAUUGCCAAUUGGAGGGCAGGGUUUUGAAGGAAUUCCAGAAGGAGCCCAUAUCCAGCCUCCAAUCAGACCAAAACCCGCACCACCUGGUGCCCCGCAGAUCCAACCCCCAAUCAGGGAGAAGCCUGCUCCACCAAUCCCAGUGAACACGGAGAAACUUGUUCGUCGAACUUAUCGAUUGAACAACUAA